GUUUUUUAUCGNUUUACGAGUAAAAUUUAAAUUUAUGACUUUUUUAUGUUUCCUAAUUCUUAGAUUCGAUAUUAUUAAAAAGUUAGGUCAAGGCACAUACGGUAAAGUGCAAUUAGGUAUAAAUAAGGAAACCGGCCAGGAGGUGGCUAUAAAAACCAUAAAAAAGUGCAAAAUAGAAGCUGAGGCGGAUUUGGUGCGCAUACGACGUGAGGUGCAAAUUAUGAGCUCCGUACAGCAUCCUAAUAUUAUACACAUUUAUGAAGUAUUCGAGAAUCGUGAGAAGAUGGUGCUAGUCAUGGAAUUUGCCGCAGGCGGUGAACUGUAUGAUUAUCUCUCGGAACGUAAGGUGCUCAAUGAAGAAGAGGCGCGACGCAUAUUCCGGCAGGUGGCCACUGCUGUCUACUAUUGUCACAAGCACAAAAUUUGUCAUCGUGAUCUGAAAUUAGAGAAUAUACUGCUCGAUGAGCAUGGCAAUGCGAAGAUUGCCGACUUUGGCCUUUCGAAUGUCUUUGACGAACAAAAUUUACUCUCCACAUUUUGCGGUUCACCGCUUUAUGCCUCACCCGAAAUUGUUGAAGGUACCCCCUACCAAGGUCCAGAGGUCGACUGCUGGUCCCUUGGUGUACUCCUCUACACUCUAGUCUAUGGGUCAAUGCCAUUUGAUGGUUCCAAUUUUAAAAGACUUGUUAAGCAAAUCAGUCAAGGAGAUUACUAUGAGCCAAAGAAACCAUCGCGUGCCUCAUCGCUCAUACGUGACAUGCUGACGGUGAGUCCACGCAAACGUGCUACCAUCGAACAGAUUUGCGCCCAUUGGUGGGUCAAUGAAAAUGAUAAUGUCUCAUGUUUGGAUUUGGCUGAGGAGUUGGCAACACAGACACCGGUACGUUUGGAUGUUUUGUUGUCACUAACACCGGCCGCUAUAACGGCCGAUCAAUUGGUUGUGCCAUCCGCUGAUGCGGGCAAGGGAGAACGUGUACCAAGAAGUCAUUCGGUGGGUUCGAUACGUGAUAUGGGCGGCAAUACCGAAGCGGAACGCAGAAUAUUGGACAUGGUUGCUGCUGGCGGUGAAGCAGCGCUCAUGCCAUCACCAACGCGCACAAUCACACCAACACAUAGUCCAGUGCAGAGUAAACGCAAGCUCGAAACCACCGUCUCCACAGAAAAUGCGCAUGGAGCCGCCCUGAAGAAGAAGGACAAACCAGGCAGCAGCUCAAUGAUACUCGGCGAGACUACAGUGCCAUUAACAGAGGAAACGCCCAUGGAGAUGGAGGAAGAUGAGGCCACUCAGAACGCAAUUGUCGAGGAGCCCGUUACACCGGCACCACUCAAAUCAAUGCCAUCGACCAGUUUCUCGCAAAGGGAUAUGGAAAUGGUUGGUGAUCUGUGCGAGCAGCUGAUCAAAGAAGAACCCAAACCCACGUCGUCUGCACUGAUUGAAUCCAGCUCUUCUGUGACACCCACAUAUGCCGGCGUACCGCGUCAAAAAACCCUCGGUAAGUUGGAAUCACUGGAAGAGGCGCCUGAGGAAAAGGACGCUACAAAGGUGAUUAAGAAGUUUGUAAACAAGCACAAAACAGCCGAUCUGGUAAAUGCUAUCGGCCAAAUUACACCCUCAGCUGAGAAAUCUAGCGAACAGGCUACGGUUGCAUCAACAAAAUCCAAUAAUGCCAAAACAGCGAUCGCCAAACCGGCAACUAAUACCAACAACGUGACACCCGCGCCAUUCGUACGCAAAUGUAGUCUUCAGGAUGAGGGUUCGUUGAGCAAAUUCAAUGCCGACCGCCGCAAAUCGCGCGUACUCGAAACCACCGAAAAGUUGCAGCAAAUGAACACCAGCGGUGGCGCUGAAAAGCCGAAGAAGUUCAGUAUACCAGGUGUUAGUGUUGGCAGCUUCAAGAAGGAAUUCGAACGCAAAGCAACCAACCCACCCGCACCACAAGGACCUACGCCAGGCGAAUUGCGCGCAAUGGAAGAGGUCGCAGCCGCAACGGCUGCAGCACAGGAGCUAGAAGCUGGCGAGCAGACACCGCCGAUCACACCCGCCGAUGAUGCCAAUGCAGCACAGCCCCAACAGACGUCGCCACCAGCGCCGACAGCGUCGUCGAUCGAGGCGAGCGAUUCAAAGAAUUCAGUUGCUUCGUUGUCGCUAGAAGAUGCGCGCCGCUCAAUGGAGAACUCAAUAGCGCUGCUGCGGCAAGCGCAAAGUGAAUCGUCGAAAGAGGUGGAUCAACUAUGUGCGCAAACCGAAAAUAUUGAGGUUAGCGAAACCAGUAAUCCCGUGGUGGCGGCCGAACGCGAAAGGAAGCUGAAAAAUGCGCGCGCCAUAAUCGGAAAUGCCAUACAACCAGGUAAGUGUGCGAUGAAAAGUGUCAUAACAAAAGUAAUAACGCUAACAAUAACAAAAAGUGGUAACAUACCGGGGCAUAUAGUAUUUAUUUGCAAAUAGUAAACUACUUUUAAAGCUUGCGUUGGUGUGCUUGGAAUAACGUUAAGGGAGUUCUAACAAAAAUUUGCCAAAAAAGUAAUU